GAUGAGGAGAGCUGAUUCUAGAGCUGUUUACAAGUGAGGUUUGCCAGGUUGUGCUGAUGGGCUAGAGAGGAAAGAGGUUUCCGGUUUGGGAGAGCUGGUGGUUGGCAGCACAUCUAACCAAAUAAGGAAUGUGUGAGGACAGGCAGAUGUGGGGUAGGGGCCAGGGAAGUGGGCCCUGAGAACUGCCCCGGACAUAUGGAGUUAGCUGUGACGGAAGUGCUCAGCAGGCACCUGCGGUCCCGGGGAGAGUCGAAGCAGAGAUACAGAUUUGGGAGUCCUCAUCCUGUAAGCCACAAGAGCUCAUUCAGAAAGCAGAGCUGCCACAUGCUAAGCUCUGUAACAGAUGCUGGAGCAGUAAAGAUUCUUCCCUAUUUUUAAAGGUCUGGUGAGGACCCCCCCCUCCCCCUUUGCAACCCAGUGGUCACAGUUCACAAGGUGGAUAAGUACGUCCGAUGAUAAGACUGACUUCCUUCAGAAUCGCGGACUCAGGAGCUUCGAUUCUUCAUGCUUACUCUCUGAACUAAGAGGGAUAGAACCGAGCGUCGAAUGGAUAAGAACCCUAAAUAGCCAACCUUUCAUUUCAAACAGGGCUGUUCCGCACAGCGGCCAAGGUCCAGCAGCCCUCUGCUGGUAUGGCAACACCUGUACUACAGUCUUCAGUCCUAAAACCGCUCAGCGGCAGUGACUGACAUGCUCCAGGAGCCCCGAGACCCACUGGCCGCUCUUUCCCAUGUUGUCAACCUAAGAUCGUUCAUCCACACAGCUUUUGUCUGCCUACAGUCCGCUCAGCACUGGCACCUAUGAAAAGACAGCUAGGGCUCCCUGCCCUUGAGCGUUUCAUCCCAGGGAGAGCUUUUCACCACGUUUUUCACAAUAAGUGUGUACUUUGUCUUUCAGGUAAGCGCCCACGAUGGAGGGGCUGCUGCAUUACAUCAACCCGGCUCAUGCCAUCUCUCUGCUGAGCGCGCUCAACGAGGAGCGCCUCAAAGGACAGCUGUGUGACGUGCUUCUGAUUGUUGGAGACCAGAAAUUUCGAGCGCAUAAAAAUGUCUUGGCCGCCAGCAGUGAAUACUUCCAGAGUUUAUUCACCAACAAGGAGAAUGAGUCACAGACUGUCUUUCAGCUUGACUUUUGUGAACCAGAUGCUUUUGAUAACGUUUUGAACUACAUUUAUUCUUCAUCUUUAUUUGUCGAGAAAAGCAGUCUCGCGGCCGUGCAAGAACUAGGCUAUAGCCUUGGGAUUUCCUUUCUGACUAACAUCGUCUCUAAAACACCUCAGGCCCCUUUUCCAACGUGUCCCAACAGGAAAAAAAUAUUCAUAGAAGAUGAUGAAAGCAGUUCUCAGAAGAGAAGUGUCAUCGUUUGUCAAAGUAGAAACGAAGCACAGGGAAAAACUGUGAGUCAGAAUCAGCCUGACCUAAGCCAUACGUCCCGGCCCUCCCCUAGCACUGCAGUCAAGACCAGCACCAGUAAGCCCCACGUUCCCAAACCAGCCGAGCCGCUCCACACUUUGCCACUGGCUGAAAAGAGCUGGCCGAAAGAUGGUUCUGUGGGCUAUGCAAAGUCUCUGGAGCACGCGGGGCCUCUGGAUGACCCCAACAGAAGCAGUUUGCUGAAAAGGAACGCACCGCUGCAGGACAGAGAGGCGAUGGACGAUACGGCCAGUCUCAGCGGCCAGCUCCCCAAAGGCAAAGCCAUAGAGUUGGCUUUGAAGAGACCACGGCCCCCGGUGUUGUCUCUCGGAAGCUCAUCAGAGAACCCCUACGUGCUGAAGGAAACUCACAAAGGAGGCGGUCCGGGCGAAGACCGAAACCUGCUGUAUUACUCCAAGCUGGGGCUGGUGGUCCCGUCCGGCAGCUCUGGCUGCAGGAAGCCAGGCAUCGACAGAAGCGGCCCGCUCGUCAAGAGUCUUCUCAGACGGUCGCUGUCCAUGGACAGCCAGGUGCCCGGCCUCUCACCCUCCAUAGAUUUGAAAUCUUCCCAGGGCCGCUCCGCAGUGGCAGGUGAGGUGCCGGGGAGCGGCUUCUGUGCUCUGUCGCAGCAGUCGUCUCUGAAGGAGUGCGGGGAGAAGGCGGCCCUCGAUGAGCGGGGCCCCGCGCCCCAGCCCCACCGCCUCCGGUCCUUCAGCGCCUCCCAGUCCACGGAGAGGGAAGGGGAGCCUGCCGUGACCGAGGUCCGCAUCAAGACGGAGCCCUGCAGCCCCCUGUCGGACCCCUCCGACAUCAUCCGCGUCACUGUGGGAGACCCGGCCGCGGCAGCCGCCGCCAGAGACCUUUCCCUGACAACCGAAGACGAUCAAAAAGACAUGAGCAGGCUCCCGGCGAAAAGGAGGUUCCAGGCGGACCGAAGGCUGCCGUUGAAGAAGGUGAAGGAGGACGAGCACGGGUCUCCGGUGUCCGAAGAGAACUUCGAGGAGGGCUCGAGCCCUCCCCUCCCUGAUGCAGAGUUUCCAGAUUCUGACUUGAAUAAAGAUGAAUUUGGUGAGUUGGAGGGAACAAGACCAAACAAAAAAUUUAAAUGCAAACAUUGCCUUAAGAUCUUUAGAUCGACCGCAGGUCUUCACCGGCACAUUAACAUGUACCAUAACCCAGAGAAGCCCUACGCUUGCGACAUCUGUCACAAGCGGUUUCACACAAACUUCAAAGUGUGGACGCACUGUCAGACCCAGCACGGCAUAGUGAAGAACCCGUCACCAGCCUCUAGUUCACAUGCCGUUUUGGAUGAGAAAUUCCAAAGAAAGCUGAUUGACAUAGUGCGAGAGAGAGAGAUUAAGAAGGCCCUGAUCAUUAAGCUGAGGCGCAGCAAGCCUGGGUUCCAGGGGCAGAGUAGCUCCCAGGCCCAGGCCAUCAAGAGGAACUUGCGGUCGCGAGCCAAAGGAGCGUACAUUUGUACUUACUGUGGAAAAGCCUAUCGCUUUCUCUCGCAGUUCAAGCAGCACAUAAAAAUGCACCCGGGAGAAAAGCCCAUUGGCGUCAAUAGAGCUGCUAAGCCCAAAGAGCAUGUUUCUCUCGAGAGUCCAAUAGAGAACAAGGAGGUUUACCAGUGCCGCCUCUGUAAUGCUAAGCUCUCUUCUCUUCUAGAGCAAGGAAACCACGAGCGAUUAUGCAGAAACGCAACCGUUUGCCCCUACUGCAGCCUUAGGUUUUUCUCGCCGGAGCUAAAGCAGGAGCACGAGAGUAAGUGUGAGUACAAGAAGCUGACAUGUCUCGAGUGCAUGCGCACCUUCAAGUCCUCCUUCAGCAUUUGGCGGCACCAAGUUGAAGUCCAUAAUCAGAACACCAUGGCGCCGGCUGAAAACUUUUCCUUACCCAUUCUGGACCACAAUGGUGAUGUGACUGCUGCUGCCAGGGCCCCGGCCCAGCCCGAGCCCCAUAAAGCCAACCAUGCGGUCCCCGCCAAAGACGACAAUGCCUUCAGUGAUUGUUCGGAGCAAGUGAACUUCGAUUCAGAAGACUCCUCCUGUCUCCCCGAAGACCUCAGCCUCUCGAAGCAACUGAAAAUCCACGUCAAAGAGGAGCCCGCGGAGGAGGCCGAGGAAGAGGCACCCGAGGCCCGCGCCGGCCCCAAGGACGCCGGCUCCAGCAAGGACGCCAGCCUGUGGCCCUGCGAGAAGUGUGGCAAGACGUUCACGGCGCACAAGCAGCUGGAGCGGCACCAGGAGCUCCUGUGCUCCGUGAAACCCUUCAUCUGCCACGUGUGCAACAAAGCUUUCCGCACCAACUUCCGGCUCUGGAGCCACUUCCAGUCCCACAUGUCUCAGGCUACGGAGGACCCGGCGCAUAAGGACUCGGAAGCGUGCCCUGUGCCCACAAACUCUCCGUCCCCACCCCCGCUGCCCCCACCCCCACCGCUGCCCAAGAUCCAGCCUCUGGAGCCCGACAGCCCCACAGCCUUGUCUGAAAACCCCGCUCCUGCCACGGAGAAACUGUUUGUGCCCCAGGAAUCCGACACGCUUUUUUACCAUGCCCCCCCGCUUUCUGCAAUCACCUUUAAAAGACAGUUCAUGUGUAAACUGUGCCAUAGGACAUUCAAGACGGCCUUCAGUCUUUGGAGUCACGAACAGAGCCACAACUGAAAGACCGCCCCUUUUCACCUGCCACAGAAGGGAUGGUGGUCUCCAGAGUUCCUCCACCUAAAUUCUGAAACGUGCAUAAGAAACAAAAUAUUUUUUAAAAGAGAAUAAUAAAGGUUGGAAAUUGUUAUGCUUGAAUAGAAGUUUGAGAUAAAUUGAUACUAAUUAGUGAUGUCCUUACUCACCUUAGGAAAACUAAAAUCUGUUGUGCUUUGGACCUUACCAGUCACAGGAUGAUUUGACUUCAUUAAUGUUGAAAUGUGACUGAUCUUGGUUAUUUGCAUGGUUCCUCAUUCCACGGUGUCAGUAUAAUCUUUUCCCGGAGGUGGUUUUGGUUUUGCAAUCAGUGAAAUACUAUUCAAGUGUUUCUUUUGAUUAUAUCAAGACACCUAAGUUCUAGUUCAAUGUCAGCCACGUUCCGAAGUCCACAACGCAUCAAGAGGAAGUGGAGUAGUUUGCAGCGUUGAGUUAGAUCUUAGGAUACUUUAGCAAUAAAACAAUGAUAAGCCUCAACCUUAAUAAGUUAUCCUGACGCUUGAUAACAAUAAAUAAUUUGGUAUUUUGUGGUCAUGUAGAAAUUUUUUUGUAUGAAAAUAGUGAGAAAUUUAAAUCAGCAAUAGUGAUACUUAGAUUUUUAUAAAAUAACAAAAGCUUGCUCUUGGUCAUUUAACAUAACUAGGGAUGGAAGAUUUGGGAAAUGAAAAUGUGAGUGUGUCUCGAAGGCCUCCGAGCCCGUUUACAAAAGCUCCCGUGGCGAUAGGCAUUGUAAUUGGAACUGCUGUGCUGUGUGCGCGGGCCUCAGGUCUCAGCUCCAACCAGCAUUGGGAGGACUGGACGUGUUGGGUCUUCUCCGAUUCAUGCUGUCACCAGUGGGAAAUCUGAGUGCGUUUGGGACUGAAAACAAAGGCAGCAUAAGGCACUCACUCAUUUUGAUUUUAACAGCAUUAGUGGGACAGUUAAGGUUGGGACAUACACUUAGGUACCUCAGUCCCACGCCCGCGGUCAGGACAGCCCCUGUAAGUCCCGAGUUAGCAUUGACUUCCCAAGAUGGGACGUGGGGGAGAACACCAUGUCGUGGUCCCCACACGCUCUCAAGAACAGUGUUCACAGUGUACCAUUUCCUGCCUCUGUUUCUGUUAGAAUUUGUUGGAGUUCAUUGUGGUAAGAUGUCCUUAGUGCAAUCAUUCUGCUUUACGUCACUGCUUUAACGUUUCAUAAAUCUGUAUUAAAGCACUAUCAGGGGUCCAAAAUUAGUUUUCGCUACCUAUUUUGGCCCGUAGGGUUUGGGCUGCUCUUCUGUUUUGUUUUCUAUUUUGUUUAAGUUGUAAUUAAACGGCCUUUUUAGGUGUUUCUAAAGGGAAAACAACUGUUUCAUUGGUACAAGUGAGGGGUUAGGUAUGGACAAGUGGAAAUAUUGUUGAAACUACAAAAUCCUUUUAAGAUAGUGCUAUGGAUGAAGACUCCCAAGUUUAUUAAUUUUUUUCUUCCAAGCUAUUCUCUCAAAUAAAAAAAAAUUACUGUGACUAAGAAAUGAUUUGCUGAGUACUUCAGUGUGUACCGCUGUAGCGGGAGAGAGCUCGGCACUCGUCGGUCUCCUCACCCACAUUCCACACCAGUGGCAGGAAAGACAUUCUUAACUUUUUAUCGAAACAGGCCUUUUCACAAGAUACCAGUUGGCUUUGUAGAUUAGAGGAAUUGCAUGUGAAAUCUUGCCUUUUUAUUUUUUCAUUUGAAAACUACCACAGUCACAGAAUAUUUGAGUGGUCCCUUCCUAAUUUUGUUCUUACUUAAACUUGAUGGAGAAAGGAAAACAGAAUGAAGUCGCAGUAACCGAUUAUUGCCAUCUUUAUAUUUUCUUGAAGAAAUCUAUGCAUUUUCAAGAUGAAACUAAAGUGUAUGAUGUUCCGUGAGCCAUCAGGGUGGAUUACUGUUCACUGAAUUAAUUCCCUGUAUAAUGUGCUCUUUUCUUACUCUGAACACCUUGGUAGCUGUCACUUCUUCGGAAAGACAGCUUCCCUCAGAGUAGUCCUUGCUUCUGGCUGUUAGAGCGUGUGUGUGAGAAUUUCCACGGCACACGUGAUCUUGGCAUUGUAAAUUCAGUAUCCCAGGACUUGAACCUUUAUGCUACGUUUUUGAAGAUUUUUUAAUAAUGUUCAGUAAAAAAUAUUUUUGAUCUAAAUAUAGGCUCAGCGUACCUUUUAGAUAGUGUUUUGUCUCGUUCGUUUCACGUUUUUGUCUAGGCAAGGAACGUUAAGAUUUCAAAUAAAAUUUCGAACCAAAAACAUUUAUAAUGCAGUUCUGGUUUUUCUAUUACUUUUUAUACUCUACCUUCAAAGCGUCAGGCUGAAAGAGUUUAUUUUGGUGGUCAAAAAAUAAAAUAUGCUUCAACUCAUGUAACUAUUUUAAAUGUCAGGAAGUAAAAUAAUGAAAGACACACAAAUCGCUCCUUUUAAGAACGUUGAUCUCAGACGGUGGGCAGACACUCGGUCUGUGAGACAGGUUGGUCUUUCAUUGUUAGGACACCAGCUUGUAAAGGUAUUCUCAAAAAUGUUUUUUCUGAUUAGAAUUAAUUUUUGAAAAUGUAGGAAGCUUGUUAUUCCUUGUAAGUAUUCAGGCUGCCUUUUUUUAUGCAGUUGUGGAAAGAAUGUCAAAUGUUUUAAUAUAUUCUUUAUUAAUCUGAGAACUUGCUAUUGAAUCAUUUUCUUCACGUGGGAGAGGGAAAGAGGAACACCCUAAAACAUCUUUUUCUCAAAGUCAGCAAUGGAGGUUACAAAUAGUGUGCAUUUUCUAUAGUAAUAUUUCAAUUUAACAGAAUAUUCACCGUUAAAACUAGUUAUGGCUAGUGUGCAUUUAUUGUUUUAUCAAAAUCUACAACUAAGAGUUCAACCAGGAUAUCACUUUUGCAUUUGUGGGGACCUAUAUGUGGUUCUUGGUUUUCUGUUUUGGAAUGGAUCCUUAAUAGCCUUUUUAAAAAUAUGCUCCAGCUCUUACCAAUCAGUGGUAGUCUUAUCCACACAGAGCACCGGUUGGUGCUGAUGAGGGGAGAAGUUGUACCAGAAUAAAACGUGCCCUUCCUUGGAGGCAGGGGGGUGUCUUCCUCUGUAGGCCAGUGGCCCGUCCAGGGGUGAAAGACCCAAGAAUCCACUGUGUGUGUGUGUGUGUGUGUGUGUGUGUGUGUGUGUGUGUGUACACAACCAGAAUCCAGAACCUGUGUGUGUGUGUGUGUACACAACCAGAAUCCAGAACCUGUGUGUGUGUGUGUGUACACAACCAGAAUCCAGAACCUGUGUGUGUGUGUGUUGUGUGUGUACAACCAGAAUCCAGAACCUUAGGAAUUAAAGGCAUUUGAAUUUUCUUACCACAAAAACAAUUAGAUGUCAUGCAUAGCAGGUUUCUUUAUAAAUUGCACUAAUUCAUAUUGGAAUAUUACAAGUCCGUUUUGUCAAGUUCUGAUUUCUCAUUGAUGUUUUUUGUAAUAAUUACGAAAAGUGUUACUAUUUAAAUAAUGCUAAUACAUUUAAUAAGUUCUUUAACACUGGCUUUUUUUUUUAAGUUUAAAAAAUAGGGUUUUCUUUUGUGGCUUUAGCACUUUAAGAAGUUUUAUGUUUCCAUCAUUGUUAAUGUGCUUGUUCAGCACUUCUCCCCGUGUUUGCUUCCACGUGGGGCGGGGUUGGGGGGUAGACUGAGCGGUGGUGUUUACGUUCCGGAGGAGGAGACGUGGGUUAGUGUCAGGUUUUUAAGGAAUUCCUUUCAGAGACCAUUGUUUGGGAACCAAAGUAUUUUACUGUAAAUCUUGAAAAUAAUUAAAUUGAGUGUUCUCUAGUCAUUUAUUAGUGCUGUUCUCAAAUUUUCCACAAAGUUAUACUUGGUUAAUGUUAAUUUUCAAAUGGGGAUAAUUUCUUAUUGACAUUAAUGCAAUCCUUGAAGUUUUCAUUGAAUAAAUCUUACUGUUAAACAAAUGUGGUUAUAAACAAAUUGUGUAUAUUUUGUUGUCAGAUGCUUUAGCAGACUAAAUCAUUGUUCAAUUUUAUUUAGGAAUGAGCUUUUUGGAACUGAAAACUCAUGGUAAAAUAGGAUUUCUAUCUAAUGUUAAUCCAUUGCUUAUUUGUAUCCAGUUCUGUUGUCUGUUUCCUUUGCUUAAAUCUUGACUAAGAAUGAUUGGAGUCAAUAAAUUUGUACUGUAUUUUGUUUUGA